AUGCCCUCCGCCUCCCGCAAAGAUAUUGCCGCUAUUAUAUGGGGCGCAUCAAGCACAUGCAUAAUCAAAGAUCGCAUUGAUUGCACUUACUCGGUGGUCUGCGAGGGUCAUCCGGGCACCGCCAGCAACCCCUGCAACUCCAACGCCCACGUCAACUUCAUCAUCAAGGGCUCUUCCCUCGAGACUCUCACCACCGGCUUCUUCGGGGCCACCAACUUCGACGCCAAAGUCAGGAGCAUCCACGCCAUCAACAACAAAUGGACCAACAUCGAAUCCUUCGCCUUCAAAUACUACGCCAAAUGCGUUGACCUAAACCUGGCCAAUAACAACAUCAAAAAUAUAAAGAACAACGCAUUUAAAGUCUUGACUGUUCUAAAUUCACUGAAUUUAUCUAAAAAUGCAAUUGACUAUUUAAAUCCAGAUUCAUUAAAAAUUGCAGAUUCAAAUGUAAAUAGAAUAACGAUCCUUGAUCUCUCAAAUAACUUACUAACGAAAAUUUCAAGUGAACUGCUGGGUGGGAUGACGAACUUAAACAGUUUGUAUUUACAAAACAACAAGAUUAAUUCUUUGGCAGAUGAUUGUUUUCUCGCUUUAAAAAGCCUAACCAUUCUUAAUUUACGAAAUAAUCAACUGACCGCUAUUAAUGCCACCCUUAUUAAUUUAAAAUCGUUAUUGGCAUUAGAUUUGGCUCAUAAUAAUUUGAUUAAAUUAUCAGGGUUUGAACUAAAUCGAUUAGGAUCUCUGUUAUUCUUAAACUUGAGUAACAACGCUAUAGAAGAAAUUGAAUCUAAUAGUUUUAGUCGGACCACUAGCCUUAAGUCCAUUGAUCUAAGGAAUAAUAAAAUCAAAUCGACUAUAGAUGAUAAAAUGUUUGGCAACAAUAAUCAACUACAAUACCUAAAUAUGUAUAAUAACAGUAUUGAACUUAUACAAAAUGAUGCAUUUAUAGAUAAUAUUCUAACUACACUGAAUUUAGAAAAGAAUAAUUUAAAAGGAGAUAUAACUAGACAAACGUUUAAAGGGAUAUCACGAGUCACGAGGCUGGAUUUGUUUAAUCACAGUAUAACAGCUAUAAGAAACAACGCCUUUUCCACAGUAGAUAGUCUGAUCUCCUUGAACCUAAGUAGAAACGCCAUAAAUACAAUCGAAGUUAACAGUUUUGCAAGCGGAUUGAACUUAAGCGUUUUAGACGUCUCCUACAACAAUCUAUCGAAUGUAGAUUUUUUACAGGAUGCAUUAGAAGCCCUCACUGAGCUUUAUAUUAAUAACAAUAAACUCAGCGCCAUAAAACAGGGUACAUUUGUUAACCAGACGAGUUUGAAGAAACUGGACUUGUCAAUGAAUUUUAUCCUUAGCAUUGAAAACUUUUCGUUGCCUCUUCUUAAUUUACAGUAUCUGAAUGUGACUGGUAACCUUCUGCAAGGGUCUCUCAAAAGUAACGUUAUAACUCCAUCAAAGUAUCUGAGGUUUUUGGACUUUAGUAGUUUUAACUUUACAAGUGUAGAAGAAAGAGCUUUUGUCGACUCGCCGCUACUUGCUAGAGUAAACCUUUCCCAUAAUUCUAUCGAGUUUAUUGGAUCAGAAAACUUCAUGAACAUGGACAAUUUGUACAGUUUAGACUUAUCAUGGAACAACCUGACAAUAUUGCAAAUGAAUAAUAGCAAACUACCGAAUCUUAAAUCUUUAUAUUUAAACAAUAAUCAUUUACAAGGCAUUUCUAGCUCCUUUGCUAACAUAUCAAAUUUAAUUUACCUAGAUAUUUCUGAAAAUAACAUUACUGAUAUUUCUGAGCCAAUAUUUCAGAUAUUACUGAAUUUACGUGUUUUACAUGCUUCAAAUAAUAAAUUAACACAGUUCAAUAACCCACGAACUAACUCUCUUACAAAAUUAAUGACUUUAAGCCUUUCUUCAAAUUCUUUAUCUAAUAUGAACUUAAGUUACUACCCAGAUUUAAUUAACGUCGAUUUGAGUCACAAUAGCAUUAGGUCCAUCAACAGCUCCUUCUUCCAAAACCUGGACUAUCUGCAGUCCGUCGACUUGAGUUACAACAAUAUCACCAAAUUGACCCCCGGUACGUUCCAAAGCCUUAAAAUUUUAAAGCUUCUCAACUUAUCUUCGAACUCUAUUAGCAACUUGCGUUAUGGCAGUUUCAAGGGCCUUGGAAGAAUAGAAGUUAUAGAUGUAUCUCGAAACGCUAUCCAAGUUCUAGACGUGCACAUAUUCCACGAAUGCACAGAGUUGGAACAAUUGAUCAUUGACUAUAACUACAUCACUCAGCUGGACUUUGAGAGUUUGGUAUCUACUGCUACGAAGCUUAACGUCCUCAGUAUAGGCGGUAACCCGAUUUUGUGUAAAGAAAUUGUUAAGAAUUACAAUUCGGGCAUUGGGGGCAGGCGCGUGGAAGUUACUUCCGUACAUAAAGUCUAUGAGGAGGAUAAUGUCCACGGGAUUUGGUGCGGUAGUGGGACCCUAACUACAAGUACAGCGGCUACUAGUGCUAGUACUGCUACAUUAACAGAACCUAGUGGUACCAACGGUAUAUCACACGUUUUGCUGGCCUGGUGCACGGUGUUGACGAUUUUGAUUCUCGUUGUAGGUGUGGCCAGUUAUUUUUAUAAAAGAAACCAUGAAGCGAUUGAAAUAAGACAACCGUGCAGCAGGCGAAGUUGUUCUACUGAAUUUGAAUACCAAAGUGAUUUGUUAUUAGAAUAAGAUCUCGUAAUUUGGAUACAAAUUAAAUUAUUUUAUUUUAAGUUAUUUGUAUUGAUAUAAGCUAUAUUUGUCAAGAUUACCAGAUAAACCUAUCCGAGAUAUAUUUACAUACUUAGCAA